AUCGUCAAGGCGCCAGACUCAAACAAACAGAAACGGGGACAGUUUUCUAAGCAGAAAGACAAUUAACUAAGUUACAUAGGUUAAAGUAAACGCAAAGGAAAGCUGAAAACAUCCCUGAGCAACUUUAUGAGAUCUUUUCUUCACUUUCCACCAUGAAGACGUCCAAACCAGCACUGCAAACCUCUGCUCAAGAGGAGUGUGGUGUUUGGCUGGACACAGUGCAACUUAAAGGAAAAGCUAAACAGAAACGGCUUACCCGUCCCAUUUCUAAACUGCUGAACCCCUUCGCUGAAGCUGGAGGAUACAGUUUGGCUGUGGCUCUCAACUUCACUCAGACCAAAAUGGAAAUGCCAAAGACCAAACAGAGCUCUAUAUCAACCUUCUUCACUUCUCAGCGCAGAGUUCUCAAUAAGAUGUCUGCUUCUGAAGUACCAAACAUGGACUCAGGGCAGUCCUCCCCAGUAUCCACCUCAACUUCUCCCCCACCUGUUGGAUCAGGGACAAAACGAAAACGAGAAACGUACCCUGAAAAGUCUGACUCUGAGCCUGGUGUGGAUUGUGAGGGGGAAAGUAAAAAUGUGACUGAGCCUGAGGCAACAAUGUGGCAGGAGCAAGGUGAAGCAAGCCAGACACCUUCUCCACGCAUGUACUCUGAGUCUGAAGAAGAGGAGUCUGAAGAGUUGAAUUCACCACAGAGUAAAAGGAGGUUCACAGACACAUUACUAGGUGACAGUCAGCCUCCUCCACAGGCAUGGAGUCAGGACCCACUGCUCACCUAUAGCCAAUAUUCUCACAGUGAAUCUUACCUGAAUAAUGAGGAAAACACCACAGGGAAGAACUUCAGAGACUCUGAGCCCAGUUUCCUAAACAGUUUACAAAGUGAGGAAGCCUUUGGAUUUUGGACGGAUUUGAAGGGGAGAACCUCAACUCAAAAAUCCUUCAAACAAUCUAGUUUUUCUCAGGUGGAGGAUGAGAAAGAAAACAGCAGGUUCCUGUAUUCUAAGUCCCCAAGUAAGAAUUCAUCUUUCUCUCAUAUUGAACCUCUUUCAAAUCAUAAAUGGACAGAACAAAAAACUGCAUCACCGCAAAAACACAUAACAGAUCAACUGUGGAAGAGGACUGAAAAAGAAGAGAGCCACAUCUCACAGUUCAAGUGGACAAAACCAAGCAGCUCUCCUGUUAAAAAACGAGCACCACGGCAGCAAAGCAGAGAGGCUGAAGAGGACAGUCUGGCCAUGUUGUUUACCCAGGACUCUGAGGGCUUCAGGGUGAUAGCACAUAGAGGUUUGCAAGUCAGGAGUCCACUCAAAGAUCAGAGUAACUUAAGCACUGGGGCCGUGAGAACUACUGCUUACAAGCCUUUAGUGGAGGAGGAUGAGGAAGAUGAGAUGCUCUUUACUCAAGACUCACAGGGAAAUAUGGUGAUCAGACACUGAAAGGAGUACUUGAAACUGCGGGAGUCUUGCUGCAUGUGGAUUUUUAAUCUGUACUGUUUAGAUUCUUUUUAAUCAUAUUUGUGCCUCUUCUCUGUUAUUGUCCUCUCACUUUUUUUAUCUGUAGGUCUCUUGUAUUUUCCUGGAAGUUUUUUUCCCCAGUUUCUCAUGUUGAAGUUUGUUUCUUUGAAGCAAUACCUUAUUCUUUUGGUCUGUGUGACACUGAUAUGUCCCUCGAGGUGAAACUCCUUUUUGUAAUAAUGCAAACAAGCCUGAAGUGAGAGUUUUGA